AUGCCUGGUCAGAGAUUGUGUGGGCAGGGGGGGGGUGGUUGUAGGCCUGCAGGACUGCAGGAGACACUGGCAACACUGAGAGCUUUGCAAGAACUGUCAGCUAGAAUCUGUAAGGAAUUACUUGUGAGAAGACUUACAGCAAAGGGGGAGACUGUGCUGCUUGGAGCCAGGGGCUGGCCUGGGGGAGGGAUGGGGUGGGCCGCUGGCCUGAAGAUCGGGUGUGAUGGCGGGGCUGAGAGGGAUGGAGGCGCGGUUGUGGGCGGCAGCGCCCCUGCUUCAUCAGCUGGCAAAAAGUGA